GUAGGGGUCUAUCAUUCAUUCAUUUAAUAUCUCAGUGUUGAUGAAUUCCUAUUUCAUGCAAUCAGAGCCAAGCUGGGUCAGGCUCGUCGUCCUCGGACCUUGACGCUGUAUCUGUAUGCUGAACCGGACCAUCUUGUAGUAGAUCCGUUGGAGGCUCAGAGUCAUCACUAUCAGAUAAGUUCUCAUGCGUACCCGGGGGUUCCUCUGAAAGCUGUUCGUCCGAUGACGGUGAUCGAGAUGUGGGCAAGUCGUCGUCUACCGCUAAACCAAAGGCUGGGAGAAGCAUUCCGCGUGCUUCGCGGAGCGCCUCGAGCUCUGCAGCAAUGCAGCAAAGGAGAAGUUUCCAGUCCUUUUGCUCGGCAAGCUCCAAAUGUGUUUCCAGCCUCUGAACAGUCUUGUCCAGGUCUUCCGAGACAUUUGCCGCGAGUUCCCCCAUCGUUUCCGACACUUGUGUAUGAUUGAAAUCGGUCACGGAGGACUGUAGCUCAAUGUAGUGUCGCAUGUUGGCCCGAAGUCGCUUCUCAAAGCCUGACACGUCCGCGAUAGCUUGUUUCCAGACUCCACCCCCCUCCUCCAGAGCCAUAAUCUCGGCAUCUACUUCGUGUUGUCUCUUGUGUAGACGAUCUUGUUCCAACUUCCAAUGUUCCUUUGCCAUGUCGAGGGUACGUCGUUUGGGGUUUAGAGAGUAGAAUGAAGACUCGGUUGACCGCCGUGAGAGCGGCUGGACUGGGGGGUCACGAAGAUAGCUUUGUAUAUCGGAAUGAAGGAGGGAUAAGGACUCGUUGUAGGAGGAUAAUUUUGAAUCGACAGAGUUCUCGAUAUGUGAUAUCCUGCUGAUUAGAUUUCGAUGCUGGGCCUUCAUCUCGUACAGCUUGGUUUCCAUUUCGUGAAUCUCAGUCUCAAGAUCGCGGGCCUCUUCUUGUAGCCUUUUAGCUUCUUGACUCUCUUGGUCAUUGUGUAUAGCUGAUAUGGCCUCUUCUAGGCCAUUUUUUCUUGAGUUAAACCCUUGAAUCUCACGGAGCGCAUUGUCUCGUUCGUCUGUUUGGGCCGACAGGAUUUCCCGUUCCUCUUCUCGCAGCUUUAAUAGGUCAUAGAUCGACUGGAAUAUACCCUGUCGUGCGGCGCGAAGCCCAAUCUUCUUGCCUGGACUUUGUCGAGCGGGCGUAGUCGGCGUAGUCGACGGAGACCGAGCUCGACCAGCUACCGAGGAUGUUGGAGUAAAGCUGCCAUCCGAUGUGUUUUCUGGCUGUGACCGAGCGAGACCCGCUAGAAGACCCUCACUCUGAGCAUCAAUCAAAGUCUGGAGAUUGCGCUGGAUGUAUUUGGUCUGGCGCUCAACUUGCAGGAGGGGAUCGUGGUGGUACACCGAAGUUGCAGCUGGUACGGGUGGUAGCCGCUUGUCUCGAAACGGGAGAAAUGUUGACAUGGUGAGUGAAGGUGAAAACAGAGCUUGAGAUAGGAGAACGAAAGGAGCGCUGAGCCUUUGGUGGGUAUUACUGGGCGAUGAAUGCCUAUUUAAUAGGCCAUCAACAUCGCCCCGUCUUGUAAAGUCUCGAAUGUCUGCCGGACCUCACCAGCUGACGCCCGACGCUCUCGGAUCGCAUGGGCGUCAUUUCCUCACGUGACCAGAACAGUCAGCUCCUCCGUUGACGUUGACUCGCGCCUGCAAAGCUUCCGUUGUCUGCUUCCAGCUUCCAUUCGCACGUCCACUUCAUCUCAUCUCGUCCAUUUCUCCUAAUUUGUCUUUGUUUUACCUGCCGCGCUCCGAUCUAGGACCACUUAUUCCCUUCUGCACCGUCGCUGCUCUGGGGGCUCCUUCGCUGUUUCCCCCGAGCUCCCUCCCGUCUACGUUGCUUCAUCAGCCCCAACAACAAGGACAUCCCCAACAACAAGGACAUCCUUUGAGCCUGAGCUCCUCUCGGUGAAUCUCGACGCUCGACGUGAGACGUCUAAUAUCAUAAAGAUGGUCGGAGUUAUCUCGGCCGCCGGUUUGGUCGGCUUCCUCUCGGAGCCUGACCCGGAGCUCAAGGUCUUUGCCUUGAAGUCAUUAGAUUCGCAGAUCGAUCUGCUAUGGACAGAGGUUGUGAAUGCCGUUCCGGAGAUUGAGGCCCUUUACGAAGAUGAAUCUUUCCCAGAACGCGAGCUAGCCGCCCUAGUUGCCUCUAAGGUAUACUAUCAUCUGCAGGAAUAUAAUGAGAGUAUGGUUUUGGCACUGGGUGCGGGCAAGCUGUUCAAGCUGGACAGCGGUGGCGAGUACGAGGAGACCAUUAUCGCCAAAUGCGUCGAUACCUUCAUCUCUCUAUCCGCCGCCCAGCGACGCAGCUCCGGUGAUCAAUCCGCCAACUUGAACAACUCCUUCCCAGCAUCCGGCGAUGGCGCUACGAGUACGUCUGCCAGCUUGACCUCCCCAAUCACACCUUUCUCCAAGUCUGCACUUCCCUCGAAGUCUUUACUGUCGCGUCAGGAGGUUCCUGGCAUCGAUGCUGCGCACCCCGGCGGCGAUGACGCCAGUGUUCAGCAUGAGGAGACAUCACUCGUCUUGAAGCGCGGUGUUCAGAGACAAUUGCAGGCUGUAAUUGAGCGACUUUUCGAGGAGUGCUUCCGUCAGAAGCGUUACCGUCAAGUCAUUGGUAUUGCUAUCGAGGCAAAGAGCCUGGAUGUCCUUCGUAUGGCAAUUCUUCGAGCUAGCGACGAUGAGAAGCAGCAGCAACAAGGCGAGUUCCGCCGUAGCGAAGAACUUAUGGAGUAUGUUUUGGAUAUUUGCAUGGGAAUUGUCCAAGAGCGGGCUUUCCGCAACGAGAUCUUGAAACUCAUCCUUGACCUCCUUAACGAGAUUCCCGCCCCAGACUACUUCUCGAUUGCGAAAUGCGUCGUCUACCUCAACGAGCACUCAAUGGCUUCCAACAUCCUCCAACAACUGGUCGAGAAAGGCGACUCACGCUCUCUCGCUGUUGCCUACCAGAUUUCUUUCGACCUCUAUGACAACAGCACCCAGGAGUUCCUGCAGAAGGUUCGCCAAGAGAUCGCUGAAUUGGUGCCAGAAGCGGAGGCCGAGAAGUCGAAGGAUGAGAAUGACGAGCCUAAGGAGUCUGACCGACUGCUCGACGAUCAAUCAAGCUCAACUCGGCCCUCGGGAGAGCAGAACAAGCUUUCAAGCGAAGCAACCUCGGCUUUCAAGAACAUUCUCAAGAUUCUUGAUGGUCUCAAAACGAUCGAAUUAAAUCUGGAAUUCCUCUAUCAGAACAACCGGACGGAUAUGGCUAUUCUCGACAAGGUUCGCGACAGUCUGGAAGCUCGCAACUCAAUCUUCCACACUGCAGUCACAAUCUCGAAUGCCUUCAUGCACGCUGGAACGACCCGUGACAAGUUCUUCCGUGACAACUUGGAGUGGCUCGGCAAGGCUGUGAACUGGUCCAAGUUCACGGCUACGGCUGCUCUGGGUGUGAUCCACCGGGGCAAUCUGAACCAGGGCCAGACUCUCCUGGAACCCUACCUCCCUAAGGAUCAGAUUGCUGGUGUCGGCGGUAGCUCAAAUUCAGUCUACAGCCAAGGUGGUUCUCUGUACGCCUACGGUCUCAUCUACGCCAACCACGGAGGUAUGGCUGUUGACAUCAUCCGUGACUACUUCAAGAAGGCCACGGAAGAAGUUGUUCAGCACGGUGGUGCUCUGGGUCUGGGUGUUGCGGGCAUGGCUACUGGUGACGAGGGAAUUUACGAGGAUCUCCGGAAUGUUCUCUACACCGACUCUGCUCUUAACGGUGAGGCCGUUGGUCUUGCCAUGGGUUUGGUUAUGCUGGGGACUGGCAACAUGAAGGCCUUGGAGGACAUGAUUCAGUAUGCCCACGAUACUCAGCACGAAAAGAUUGUCCGUGGUCUCGCUAUGGGUAUGGCACUGAUCAUGUAUGGACGUCAGGAGGCUGCUGAUGAGCUUAUCAAUGGUCUCCUCGGCGACCCCGAUCCCACCCUCCGCUAUGGUGGUAUUAUGACGAUUGCCCUAGCCUACUGUGGCAGUGGCAGCAAUAAGGCUGUUCGGAAGCUUCUCCACGUUGCUGUCAGCGAUGUUAACGACGAUGUGCGCCGUGUUGCUGUUCUGAGCUUGGGAUUCAUCCUGUUCAGAAAGCACCAGAGUGUGCCUCGUAUGGUGGAGCUGCUCUCAGAGUCCUACAACCCUCAUGUUCGGUACGGUGCCGCUAUGGCACUGGGUAUCUCCUGUGCUGGAACCGGAUUGGACGAGGCGAUCGAUCUUCUGGAGCCAAUGCUCAAGGACUCCACAGACUUUGUGCGCCAAGGUGCCCUGAUUGCCCUUUCCAUGGUGCUCGUUCAGCAGAAUGAGGCCAUGAACCCCCGCGUUACCAGUCUUCGCAAGGCUAUGUUGAAGAUGGUUGGUGAUCGCCAUGAAGAUGCCAUGGCUAAGUUCGGUUGCGCUGUUGCUCUGGGUAUCAUCGAUGCUGGUGGCCGCAACUGCACCAUCAGUCUGCAGACUCAAACCGGCAACCUGAACAUGCCGGGAAUUGUCGGUGCCGCUGUCUUCGUGCAGUAUUGGUACUGGUUCCCCCUUUCUCACUUCCUGUCUCUCAGCUUUGCCCCCACGGCCGUGAUCGGUGUGGACCAGAAGUUGGAGGCUCCCAAGUUCAAGUUCCACAGCAACACUCGCCCUAGCCUCUUCGACUAUCCUCCAGAGCAGCAGGUGAAGACUGAGGAGGCUCCUGAGAAGGUUAAAACUGCCGUGCUUUCCACCACCGCUCAGGCUAAGCGCCGUGCCCAGCGCCGGGAGAAGCAAGCUCGUAGGGAGAGCAUGGAUAUCGAUCAAACGCCGACUACGCCUAAGGUGUCGGAUCAGCUCCCAGAGAAGAUGGAUGUCGAGGAGGGAGCUGCUGGCGAAGGCGAAGAGGCCAAGGACGCCGAGAAGAUUGCCGCCGAGGGGCAGAAGAAGAAGGCCGAGCGGGAGAAGGUUGGCUAUGAGUUGGAUAACCUGUCGAGAGUUUUGCCAGCCCAACUCAAGUACCUUACCUUCCCCGACCCACGAUACGAGCCUGUCAAGAGGCCCACCGGUGGUGUCGUUGUUGUCCUCGAUAACCAGCCCGACGAGCCUCGCGAAACCAUUGAGCUUGAGGCAAGCCGCAAGAAGCCUCAAGCCCCUGCACCCUCAGGCGAAACCCUUCAGGACCGACUCCAGGCUGCUAUUGGCGCGGCCGCCCUGCAGACCCCUCAACGGGCCGCUGCUCGUGCUGCCCUUUCUGAUUACACCUCCCUCGGCGGUGCUGCCGCCGCUGCGGGUGUUCUAACCGCCGUGGAUGAAGAUGAGGAAGGGGCGGAAGAUGCUCCCGUGCCCGAUGAGUUCACGUACGAGACGGACGCAGAGGAAGAGUAGGGGUGAUGUUGCAGCGCAAACUAUUUCCGACGCUCGGUGUAUUACUAGACUCAUCAGGCUCUACCAAAACCUGAUGUCUUGGGAACUCCAAAUUUCCGCUUGUCAUAUGAAGCAUUUGUCUACAUUUCUAUAUAAUUUCCAACUUUCGUUGCCUGUAGACCUCCAAGUAACCGAGCAUUGCGACAAAAC